CAAAAAUUCAAAUUCGGUCUUCUGUUUUCUCCCUCCUCCAAACCUCUUCUCCUUCCUUGCCCUGAAUCAUCAUCACUCCAAGAACCAAGAAGCAACCACAAUGACAGACACAACAACGGCACCAGUAACCACUUCGGAACAAGAGUAUGUACUCGCUGGAGGAAAGGAUGGCGCCACAGAUAGUCCCAAUGAUCCCGUGGUAGUACCAGCAAAGAAGCAAGGGCACAAGUGUUGUGGUGGAUGCUGUGAUAUGCGACGUGCCACGAUGAUUGUGAACUUUGUCAACAUGGGACUCAUUCUUCUGGGAUUGUGGUACAUUGUUGCCUACAUUUCCACUUCGAGUCGAGGCGGUCAACCCUACCAAGUCGAUGACGACGAAGUCCAAGAAGUCUACGCCGAAGCCGACACAUUUCAAGGAUUGGGAUUUGUUGUUGCCAUUAUGGUCAUUCGAUUCCUUUGCAACGGUUGUGGUGUCUACGGGGCCUAUAUUUUCCAUCAGCACUUUGUUGCCGUCAGUCUGGCGGGAUACAUUCUCGAAAUUCUAUUUGCUCUCAUUAGCUUCAAUGUGGCAGGACUGUUGGUGGGCGUCUUCUUUGCCUAUCCACACGUCUUUCUCAUUCAAGAAAUUCGGGCUGGAAUCAUGACACCCGAGAAUUAUCCGAAUGAAGAACAAUCCUGUUGUUGUGUAUAACUGAGUCCGGCAGGUUGCACACACAAAAACAAAACACACACCACAAUCCACACAAACAAGUGACAAGCUGUUGGUGUAGGAUUAUACGUCGGUUGAAAAGAAACACCAAACUGGUUGGAAAGGAAACCAUCUAGGAGGAGGAGCUUUCUUGUCCGGACUGAUAGCUGACGAGAUUCUUGUAAAGUCCGACAAGUGUCGUUUUAUAUCGCUUGAUCAUGUCUGGAAUUCUUGUGAUUAGACUACAAUGGUUUAAGAGUUGUUUAGUGGGUCUACAUACUAUC